AUGCGCAUGGAUUAUCGAUCUCAUUAUCUUUUUAUGGAUUUCAUCACUCUGUUUUUUCUUCUCUCUGCAUUUUUCACUGCUUCAGCUCAACAAAUUCAGUCUAAUGUUAUCCAAGGCUCUUCUCUAACACCCACCACAAACCCCAUGUGGUUGUCACAAUCUAGUCUCUAUGCCUUUGGAUUUUACACGCAGGGCAAUGGCUACGCUGUUGGGAUUUUUAUGGCCGGAAUUCUUGAGAAUACUGUUGUCUGGACUGCAAACCGUGAUGACCCACCUGUCUCCAGCAAUGCUACCUUGCUUUUAACAGGUGAUGGCUGGCUUUUAACACAGGAGAAGGUUGUGUCAUCUUCAGGUUUGUCUGGUUCCGCUUCGGCUUCAAUGCUUAACUCAGGCAAUUUUGUGAUCUAUAAUUCCGAUCAAAAAAUAAUAUGGCAGAGUUUUGAGCACCCGACUGAUACGCUUUUACCCAGUCAACGUCUCUUAGCAGAACAUGAGCUGGUUUCUAGUAUUUCAGACACUCAGCACUCAACGGGUAUCUUCCGUCUGAAGAUGCAAGAUGAUGGAAACCUUGUUCAGUACCCGGUGGGUACUACAGACACUGCUCGAUAUGCCUACUUUGCAACUAGUUUAGGUGGCUUUGGAUAUAACGUGACGCUAAACUUGGAUGCUGAUGGCCAUCUCUACUUGCUAAACGCUACUGGUGUCAACAUUAGGAAUCUAACGGAUGGAGGAUAUCCUACAGAAGAUACUAUUUAUCUCAUGAGACUUGAUGCUGAUGGGAUUUUCCGGAUAUACUCGCAUCAUCUGAAACAGAAGGGAAACUGGUCAAUUGUAUGGUCAUCAUCAAAUGAUGCGUGCAGUCCUUGGGGUCUCUGUGGAUUAAAUGCUUUCUGUGUUUUAAAUAAUCAAACGGCUGAUUGUGUGUGUCUUCCGGGACUUGAAAUGGUACAACACGGGAACUGGACUGCUGGCUGCGCGAGGAAUUUCACUGCAGAAAUUUGCGAAAAAAACAGUAUGCAGGAAGUGGUUAGCACCAUAUGGGAAGAUGUUUCAUAUUCUGUUUUUCCAGUGCCAUCCAAAAACUCUUGCGCACAAGCCUGUUUAGUAGACUGUAACUGUGAAGCUGCGCUAUUCAAAAACGGGACAUGCAAAAAACAAAGGCUUCCAUUGAGAUAUGGGAGAAGGCAACUGACAGGUGAUUCAAACAUAGCUCUCAUCAAGGUAAGUACAUCUACACCCACUACUCCAAAUAGAAAUAUGUCCAAAGAUAACAAGAAAGAACUUCGAGUGGACUUCCUAAUUAUUGGUGCUUCAUUUGUUGCUUUCGGAUGCAUGAUGUUGGUAAUUUCAGGAAUUGUUUUUUACAAAAGUCAUUUUCGGUAUAGAAAACUCACUUGUGAUGGAAUUGUUGAACACGGUGACGAUUUUGCUCUACGAUCGUUCACUUAUUCAGAACUUGAGAAAGUGACGGAUGGUUUUAGGGAAGAGGUCGGUAGAGGAUCAUUUGGGACAGUUUUUAAAGGGACAAUGUCAAAUGGUCAGAAGGUUGUAGCUGUCAAAAGACUAGAGAAAGUCUUGGCCGAAGGGGAAAGAGAGUUUCAGACUGAGAUGAAAGUUAUUGGGAGAACGCAUCACAGAAACCUUAUCCAUCUGAUUGGGUAUUGUCAUGAAGGAGUUCAUAGGCUUUUGGUUUAUGAGUAUAUGAGGAAUGGGUCACUUGCAGAUGUACUCUUCAAACCAAAACAAAAACCUUGUUGGGAUGAAAGAGUGGGAAUUGCCCGUAGUGUAACAAGAGGAAUUCUUUAUCUUCAUGAAGAGUGUGAGCAACGUAUUAUCCAUUGUGACAUAAAACCUCAAAACAUCCUCAUGGAUGAGUAUGGGUGUGCAAAAAUAUCUGACUUUGGUUUGGCAAAAUUGUUGAAGCAAGACCAAUCCAAAACCUUUACCCACAUUAGAGGGACAAGGGGAUAUGUUGCACCAGAGUGGCAUCGAAAACUGGCAAUCACAGUGAAAGCAGAUGUUUACAGCUACGGUAUCGUGCUCUUGGAGAUUAUAUGUUGUCGAAAAAAUGUGGACUGGAGUCUCCCAGAGGAAGAGGCUGUUCUUGAAGAAUGGGCCUACCAUUGUUUUGAAGCUGGUGACCUAGCUAAAUUACUUGGGGAUGAAGAGGUUGACAAGAAACAAGUAGAGAGAAUGGUUAAACUGGGACUUUGGUGCAUUCAGGAUGAACCAUCACUUCGGCCCUCAAUGAAGAAGGUUUUACUUAUGUUGGAAGGGACCGAGGAUAUUCCAAUCCCUCCCAGCCCUGCAUCUUUUUCUCAAGUUGUAUAA